AAAAGGUCGGUCUGACCUUCACUCUUAUUCAUUUUAUGCUUCUCACUGCACCCACAACAUGCGUUUCUCCCACGUUUUGUCACUGUGCUGCUUUUUACUCGCGGCCGAAGCCACAGCUCUAGCCCGGAACAAGCGCGUUGUUGGCGGAACUCCUGCCGCGGAUGGAGAAGCUGCUUACUCGGCAUCAAUUCAAAACGCUGCUGGAGAGCACUUUUGCGGUGGCGUGAUCGUCGGCAAAAAGACGGUUCUCACAUCAGCAGUUUGCGCCGUGUUCUUGAACGCGAGCGAUAUCAGAGUGAAGGUUGGCUCGGCUGACCUGAGCAAGGCGUCCGAAUACACCGUGUCGAAAGUGGUCGUUCACCCUGACUUUCUUUUGAAGGGAAGGGUUCCGGUUAACGAUCUGGCCGCUUUGAGGAUUCAGUCUGAAAUCAAAUUCGAGGAUGGAAAAACUAAGGCUGCAACUCUGCCAACCAAGGGGCAGAAAACGGUCCAGGGCGAGAUUGUUACUGUUGCAGGAUGGGGCGCAACCAAGAUCAAUGGAAGCGCGUCACCAUUGCUGAUGAAAAUUAAAAUUCGAAUUGUGAAUAUUGACGAGUGCAGCAAGGCGCACAAGAAUAUUGUGGAUACCAUACCUGAUAAUCAAAUAUGCGCUGGUGUUGAGGACGGAAGCAAGGAUGCUUGUCAGAUGGAUGGAGGAGCCGGACUUGUUUUGGAAAAUCUGGUGCUUGGACUGGCCUCUUGGGGUCAAGGAUGUGGGCAAAAACCUGGCGUUUACACUGAGUUGGCUCCCUUUAGAUUCUGGAUUGACGAACAACUGAAUUAAAAAAAUCUCGUUUUUGUCAUUUUUAUUUUCUAAUAACUUUUUUUAAAUUUUUAUCACUAAUAUCUGUAAAAAAAUCAACUUUGAGCUACUUUAAUAAUUGUACAAUAGAUUGCCAAUAUUUAAUAAACAAGCUUAUCUGAAA